AUGAGUUGUCAGAUCACGUGCAAACCUCGAAGACGAGGAGUUGGAGGAGGAUUCCAGGGCUUUAGCAGCGGUUCGGCCGUGGUCUCUGGUGUGAGCCGGAGAUCAGGCACCAGCUUCUCCUGCUUGAGCCGCCAUGGUGGAGGUGGAGGCGGAGGGGGCUUCGGUGGAGGCGGCUUUGGCAGUCGGAGUCUUGUUGGCCUUGGAGGAACAAAGAGCAUCUCCAUUAGUGUGGCUGGAGGAGGUGGAAGCUUUGGCUCCGGUGGUGGAUUUGGUGGCAGAGGAGGUGGCUUCGGAGGUGGCAGUGGCAGUGGCUUCGGAGGUGGCAGUGGCUUUGGAGGUGGUGGUUUUGGAGGCGGCGGCUUUGGUGGAGGCCGUUUUGGAGGUGGCGGUGGCUUUGGAGGUCCUGGUGGCUUUGGGCCUGGAGGACUCCCCGGUGGCGGCAUCCAUGAAGUCUCCGUCAACCAGAGCCUCCUGCAGCCUCUCAACGUGAAAGUUGACCCUGAGAUCCAGAAUGUGAAGUCGCAGGAGCGGGAGCAGAUCAAAACUCUCAACAACAAAUUUGCCACCUUCAUCGACAAGGUGCGGUUCCUGGAGCAGCAGAACCAGGUGUUGCAGACCAAAUGGGAGCUGCUACAACAAAUGGAUGUCAACACCCAAACUACCAACCUGAAUCCCAUCUUUCAGGCGUAUAUAGGCCAACUGAAGAAAUAUGUGGAUUCGCUCUCUGCAGAAAGAACAACACAAGAUUCAGAGCUGAACAGCAUGCAAGAUCUUGUUGAGGAAUAUAAGAAAAAGUAUGAGGAUGAAAUCAACAAGCGCACAGCUGCUGAGAAUGAUUUUGUGACACUUAAAAAGGACGUGGACAAUACCUACAUGAGCAAGGUGGAGCUGCAGUCCAAGGUGGACGUGCUGAGCCAGGAGCUCGAGUUCAUGAAGGUCCUCUUCGAUGCGGAGCUGUCUCAGAUGCAGACUCAUAUCACCGACACCAAUGUGGUCCUGUCCAUGGACAACAACCGCAACCUGGACCUGGACAGCAUCAUCGCCGAGGUGCAGAGCCAGUACGAGGAGAUCGCCCACAAGAGCAAGGCCGAGGCCGAGGCCCUGUACCAGAGCAAGUACGAGGAACUCCAGAUCACUGCUGGGAAACAUGGAGACAGUUUGAAAGAGGUCAAGAUGGAGAUCAAUGAGCUCAACCGCAUGAUCCAGAGACUGAAAGGGGAUAUCGAGCAUGUGAAAAAGCAGUGUAAGAAUGUGCAAGACAACAUUGCGGAUGCUGAACAGAGGGGAGAAAAUGCUAUCAAAGAUGCUAAGAACAAACUCACGGACCUGGAGGACGCCCUGCAGCAGGCUCGGGAGGAGCUGGCCCGGCUGCUGCGUGACUACCAGGAGCUCAUGAACACCAAGCUGGCCCUGGAUGUUGAAAUUGCCACCUACCGCAAGCUGCUGGAGGGCGAGGAGUACAGGAUGUCUGGAGACCUCAGCAACAAUGUGACUGUGUCUGUGACAAGCAGCACCAUUUCUUCAAGCGUGGCAUCCAGGUCUGGCAUAGGAGGCCAUGGUUCUGGAGGUAGAGGAUCUGGUUCUGGAGGAGGAGGAGGAUUCAGCUCUGGAAGCAGCAGUUAUGGCUCUGGAGGCAGAGGAUCAAGCUCCAGAAGUGGUGGUGGAGGCGGCUACGGCUCUGGAGGCGGCUAUGGCUCUGGAGGAGGAUAUGGCUCUGGAGGGGGCUCUAGAGGAGGCUCUGGAGGAGGAUAUGGCUCUGGAGGCGGCUCCAGGGGAGGCUCUGGAGGCGGCUAUGGCUCUGGAGGAGGUUCUAGAGGCGGCUCUGGAGGAGGAUAUGGUUCUGGAGGGGGCUCUAGAGGAGGCUCUGGAGGGGGAUAUAGCUCUGGGGGUGGCUCUAAAGCGGGUGGUUCUAAGUCCGACAGGGCAGGUGAAGUUUACUUUUCCAACACAACCUCCUCUUUUAGAUAAAGAUGGAGUCCCGCCCUUGACUCUCCUACUCCAGAAUGUAGAAGCUUGUCUCCGUACAUCUAAUUGACAGAUCAAAACUUGUCAUCCACCUCUGAUAGCAUUUUUGGGGAAAGGGAUGCCCACAUAGUUUUUGAAGUAUCUCCUCUCCAAGCAAAUUAGUUGGAGCCAGUGACACUGUCUGUUCCCCGGGGAAGAAUCUGCAUUGUCUAGGUCUGUGCUUCCGUUCCCAGCCCCUCCUUGCAUUGCCCCGUUGGUGGUCCCUUUCCCCUCUGACAGGUAUUCUGUUG